AUGGUCAAGUCAGAUAAUUUCAGAAUCACUGUCCGCUGGAGAAAUGAAACAUUUAGUUCAGGGGUGUGGGCAUUUGGAGAUCCAAAUGACAGCUGUGUGCCCACAAGCAGAGGAGUAUGUUGUGCUAGGAUAGACUGGGAAAACGGAAUGUUUCAAGGCCUCAAGGACACAUCCUGUAAUAGCUAUACCAACAGGUAUUUGUGCAUCCCAAAGAACGAAUGUAGUGAUGGAACACACAACUGUGCACAGAUCUGUCUGGAGAAGAACAAUGGCUUUUCGUGCAACUGCAAUACUGGGUAUAUUUUAGAAAAAGAUAAUAAAACUUGUCAAGAUAUUAAUGAAUGUGAAGCAGACACGCCAUGCGAGCAGAUAUGUAGUAAUAUGGUUGGUAGUUACGUAUGUUCGUGUCCAUCAGGGUAUGAGCUAAAGGCCGAUAGACAGUCCUGCAAUGAUGUCAACGAGUGCCAGGCCAAUAAUGGUGGAUGCCAACAAGUUUGUAUGAAUACAUUAGGGAGCCAUCACUGCUCAUGUCAUGCUGGAUACACACUAGAUGCUGCUGAUGGCUGCGUGGAUGUCAACGAAUGUGACGGCAGGAAUGACUGCCAGCAGAACUGCACAAACACCCAGGGAAGCUACACGUGUAGCUGUGUCCAAGGAUAUACUCUGGCCAUGGACUUGAAAUUGUGUUAUGAUAUUGACGAAUGCGACAAUAGCACUCAUCUUUGCAGUCAAAUCUGCAAGAACACCCCAGGAAGCUACAAAUGUUCUUGUCACCUGGGUUAUUUGUUGGAUGCCGACGACACUUCCUGCUCGGAUCAGGACGAAUGUCAAGGGCCACAUUUGUGUGGACAAAUAUGCAACAACACACACGGCAGUUACCAGUGCUCCUGCCUGAAUGGUUACACACUGUCUGAGGACAACCAAACAUGCCGUGACAUUGACGAAUGUGAACUCGGCAAACACAGGUGUCACCACAUCUGCACUAAUUCCGAGGGAAGCUACUGGUGUUCCUGCAAUGCCAGUCAUUUCCUGGAUACAGAUAACCUAACUUGUGUUCAGUCAGAUGACUGCAGCAGCAAUAAUGGAUGUAGUUGCCAGCUUGGAUUGACACUGGACAAUGAUGGACAGACUUGUGUAGACAUUGAUGAAUGUCAAGUACCUGGAAUUUGCCCACAAAUCUGCACAAACACAGAAGGUUCCUUUCUGUGCAGCUGUCAGGCUGGGUACCAUCUGCAGCCACACAAUGCUACCUGUGUUGAUGAUGAUGAAUGCAUCAGCCAACCUUGUCCAGGAGCCUGUGUCAACACUCAAGGAGGCUACCACUGCCAGGGAUGUCUGCCAGGCUACACAGAAAAUCUUAAAUCUUGUGAGAACAUCAACAAAUGUGCCAACAGCACCACAUACAACUGCUCAAAACUCUGUCAAAAUACCACAGGAAUGUACAACUGCAGCGAUGUGGAUAGCACAAAUCCAACCUGCCUCAAUAACCAUGUAUCAAAUAACUGCCUAUGUCCUGCUGGGUACUACCCCGGUCCAGACAACAGUUCCUUGUGCCAGGAACUCAGCAGAUGCCAGGUCACACUGCCCAUGUGUGGCCGCAGCUGUGACAACACAACUUGGGCUUCCUUCUGCAGUUGCCACACUGGAUUCAAACUACAGAGAAACAGCAGCUCUUGCAACAAAAGGCCCACGUCUAUCAUGUGCCCCUGUACAUGCACCGGAAUAAAGAGAUAUUCAUCUGACCCCAUUUUCUCGGCCAUCAUUAAAGAACUUAUCUUCAACAAACAAAAGACAAACUCCUAUAGACAAAGUAAGAUCUCCAUCCCUGACCCCCGACCUUCGGCACAAGCCAUUGGCUAUUCCGGUUUGGUCAUCAUCUGCUUACUGUUUGCUUGUGUCCUGUGCCUGGAUAUCUUAUCAGCGGCACUGUCCCUUGCUGGAAGACACAGGACAACCUCAUCGCAAGCAACAAGAGAAUCAGGUGAUGGCAAAGAUAAGAGCUGA